UAAAAAUAAAAUUUGGAUUUCAUUUUUUGAGGUCAAAAUUUAAUUUUUUGGAAAUUUUAAGUUGAUAUUCGAAAUCAGCUUCAAAAACUACGUUAGACGAUGUGCUUCACAAAUUCUUAAAGUUAAAAAAAAAUCUUCGAAUAAUCUUAAGUGAAGGUGACCGUUAGCUGGACAGGCCGUUUAUGAUCUUGAAUGAGUUCAUAAGAAGACUUUUUUCUAUCGUUCAUUUAAUCGUGUUUGGUUCAAUUGCCAGAAUAUCCGCUCACCAGUUAUUCCUAUGUCUUGUUUCUAAUCAAUGUUCAGCUAUCCGGGAGAACCUCUUACCAUAGAAAGCGUCUUGAUCUUCCAGUUUUCAAAUUUGCUUCCCACGACCUGUCUGUCCAAUGUAAUAGCCAUUACAGCCGUAACACGAGUAACCAUAUACAACUAUUUAUCUUCUUCACUUGACUUUCGAAAAGUAGAGCUGAACACAUUUGACAGUAGAUUUAAAGCCAAACAUAACAUUGUUUGUUUAUUUCUCAUGAACUCAUUCAAGGUCAUAAGGCAUGUUUACUUCUAAAAAAGCUUUAUUUUGAAUGUUAUUUUUAUAUGUGUGCGUGUGGUAUUGUGCAUGAACAUACAUAUUUAGAAUUCUUCUCCUCUGUUCUCUCUCUACAUUGUUUAUGUUUUCUGUUCUAUUUUUUUCACAGUUUAAACUGAUCAUUUGACUGAUGAUGUUAGUAGUUAACUGACGAAAUGUCUCGAUAGUAUUAUUUUAUCAUACUAAAAAAGGUAACUCUACUCUUAAUUUCUUUAUUUAAUAAAAUUUUCACCUCAAAUGCUGCUAUGAAAGUAGUUUUAUUGAAACCUAUAUAUGAUUAUAUUUUUAAGAGUCGUCAAUAUGAUUUCGAAAUAUUGGAUGUGUCUCCCUCAGAUUCUAUUGAUUAUGUCUUAAACGUUACUGCCAAUAUUACUGAUUCAGCAAAUCAUACGAUUCAACAUGAAUUUUUCGUAUAUUAUCUUGGUCAUUUAUCCUCAAGCACAUCACGUCCAAUGACGAAUACAACAACUAAGGAUAUUAGUGUUGAUGUUUUGCCGGGGCCACCACCAGUUGAAAUUAUUUUCAAUAAUACUUCACCAUUUUAUAGUAAUGCACCUGUCAAUACAAUACUAGGACAAUUUGGUAUUGAACAAGAUCACAAUCGAACAUAUAAUUUGACACUCUUGUCUAAUCUUGGUACAUUUAAAUUAUUACCAAACAAUAGUCUUAUUCAGAUUGGACCCUAUUCUCCUGAUAUAAUAAAAUAUGAAAAUCCAUAUGUUGAUUUGGUAAUUGAAGCAUUCGAUUUAACACCAAAUGGAACACGAAUCAUUCGUCGAACAUUUCGUGUACCCGUUUUGAACAUAAUAUCAAAUCAUGAACUACCACAAGUCCUAUUUAAUAAACAAAUAAUAAUUAAUGAAACAUUGCCCGGUACUCCAAUUGGACAAUUUAUAAUAAAGUCAGAUUUGAAUCAGACAUAUAAACUACAACUAUUGGAUAGCUACAAUGGUACAAUAUCGUUACAUUCCGAUACUGGUACUGUUGUGUUGAAUCGUCCAUUGAACACACUAAAUUUACCGAAAAAUGAAAAUAAUGAAACCAUUUUACCAAUUAAUAUUACAUUAACCAAUUCGACGAAUUAUUCCAUGUAUCAGAAUACUUAUCCGCUCAUAGUUAUAUACAAUAUAACAACCAUAAAAGAUACUAUUGAUCCAUGCAGAAAUAUCAGUUGUGGAAAUGGAUUAUGUCUAGUAAACGGGAGUGGCUAUACGUGUGUUAUCGACGACGAUUUUCAAUAUUUGGUAUUUGAUUUUCUCCAUGAUAUAAAACAUAUCACAGUAACCGAUUCAGGUUUACCCAAUAAAUUACGUGAUUUUAUUGAUCAAAAUAUAAUACCACAUUUGCAAACAGUAAACAACAAUACAAAUAUUGGCAUAUACUUACCGGACACUUUAGACUUAGGUCCAUAUAAAUAUGAUCGAGCCCAAUUGUUAUCAGUAGCACUUUUAGAUACCACUAAUAAUACCAUUUAUCCUGUAGACGAUGUCACUGAUGCAUUUGAAAUAUAUUGUGUAAAUUCAUCGUCCGACAGAUUUUCUCAUGAAAUCUGCGAUGGCUUUCGACAAGCCAAAUUUCUUCAAACUUAUUUUAAUUCAACACCAGAAUUUUGUAAAAAUUGUACGUUUAUUCAAGCAUCUAAUAAAUACUAUUGGUUCGAUGACACGUUAUCAUUAUGGCCACUUUGGCUUAUAUUCAUAUUAUCGUUCACAUUCCUACUCGGCUUACCAUUUCUUCCCAUAUCAUUCGGAAAACUUGAUCGACUUUUAGAUGCACCACCAAAAGCAAAUUUUCCAUUGAUGAAAGCAAAACUAGAUCCCAAUGAUGAUGAUAUCGAUACAAAUGCUGUGAAAAAUUCAGCUCGAAACUCAAUUGGCAAUUAUUCGUCAGUAUCGAAUUCAGUUCGGGUAGCAACAACGAUGAGUAGCAAUAUUUUUUCCACAAAAAUUACACACUUUCUUCUACGUGUUUACAAAAAAAUCUUUUGUAACAAUCGUAAAUUGUGUAAACAACGAUUUUCGACAAAGUAUUUAAAAAGAGAACGAAGAAAAAAUCAACAAUCGAUCAUAAUUACUAAAGAUCCUUUAAAAGAUGAAUUAGACUCUGGUUACUCAUCAUCGAGUAGCAUUGACUCUGAAAAUAAUAGUUCAUACACGGAAAAAAUCAUUCAGCAUCGUAUAUCUGACAUCAUAGCUUAUCCUAUCUACGAUAAUUCAAAAAUAGACCCAGAAGAUGAAAACAGUAAUAUUUUCUCUCCAAAUCGUCGUCGUGCUACCGUCGCCUCGACAAACGAUGUUUUACCUCCUCGUUCAUUCAUUCGCAUGAGUGAUGAGCAACGACAAAGAUCGAACAUCAAUCUAGCACAUAACUACUCAUCGCCAACAAUAAUUUUAACUCGUGCACGCAAACAAGAUGAUCAACAACAAAAUCGUUUAUACGUACCAAAACGAAAAUAUUCUUCAUCACCGAUAAAACGUUCAAUAUCGAUGGAUCGUCGUCAUUCAAGAAAAGAUAUUUCGACAUCGUUAAAACCAAUACUAUCGAACAGACGCUCAACAACUGCAAGUAUUUCAACAACGAGAGGUUCCAUUGGUGCAUCGAAUGAUAAACGACGAAGUCUAUUUUCACUCGGUUCGGGUAUAGAAUCAUUAGUUCGAUUAGAUAAUCCUCGAACAUUUGAUGAUAAAACUGUUUUAUCAUCAUCGUUUAAAAAUGAAAAUACAUCCAAAUUAUUAAUAGGAACAUUAUGGAAUACAUUUGCUCUUGUUAACAAUUUAUUUUUACAAAAAGCCCGAAAAAGACGAGAUGCACUGACAUUAACGGAUUUAAAUGCAGAUCAAUUAGAAUAUUUACAGCGUUUAGCAAACUUGAUGAAUUAUUACAAUCAAGACGAAGAAACUGAUUAUGAAAGUAAUGUUAACGACGUUGACCAGCAAGAAGAAGAGAAAAAUACUACUUAUGAAUUAGAAACAAUUAUGCAUGCACUUCAGCAAACCGAAACAACGAAUCUUGAAACAAUUCUAUCAGAUUUACAUCAUCCUACUAGACGAUUUUCAUCAACGAAUACAACGCCAAAUUUUUUACCUAAACAGCAAUCAGUCUCAAUCUCGACCAAUACACUCAUGUAUGCAAUACCAGAACGAACUCAAGAAAACAAGAGGACAAUUCAAAUACAAACAGAUAUACAAGAUGAAGAACAACAAAUGACUAGAAGUAGUGAUGAAACAGAAUUUCAUUGCAUGUGCCACGGUAGACAUAAAAAAUAUUGUAUUUACUACGAUGAUUCAACACCGCUUUAUUCAGAAAUUCGUCGAGAUGGAUAUUCUACAUCAGAUUUAACAACUAUUGUUAAAGAUAUUCACAUGAGCAAACCGAUUUUUAAUUCCGAUCAUUUGACAAAGAUAAUAGCGGACAUUCAUCAAGAUAAACAACGAUCGUAUGCGAGUUCGGGGACGAUGACAAUGAAAGACGUCGAGACAACAACAGAUCUAUCAAUAAAAGAGUAUGGUGCAGCGAAUGAACUUAUGACUUAUACAAAUGCCGCUGUCAGACCGAAAAGUGUAAAAGAUGCAGGAACAAUACCGGAGCAAUUGACUAUUUUAAAUGCAUCAACUCAGUACAGUCCAUUAGAUAAUGAUGUCUCCCAGAAGUCUAUCAUUUCAGAAGCGCAAGAUCAAAGUCCGACAUUGCUUAAGUAUCCAAACACAAUGGUGCAAGAUAGUUUAUCUGAGAAGAAACGUUUAUCAGCAAAACCAAAAUUUAUACCGAAAGAUGUUAUUUCUAAAUCAGCUCCAAUUGAGAAAACUUUUUCGCAUCAGCGCGAAACAGUUGUUCAAGAAUUAAAACGAGCACUAUCAAUACGUAAUACGCCGGCUAAACAUGAGCUCCCACAAAAAAGUAUAACACAAACAGAGGAAGAAAAUUUGGAUUUUGAAAAUACGCAUACCGUCCGAAGUCUUGUAUCCAUGUUCGAAUCGCCGGAGAAAAAAUCUGACAAACGCCACCACCGGCGAAGUGCUAAAAUAAAAAAUUUCUUUUCUAACAGUCACACUACUAAAACUACUACUCAUAGACAGCAAACGCCUAUUAUCGAAGACUUUCUAAGACAAAAUCCAAUAAAUCCAACGGGCAUCGCACUUCACCGACAGCAAACACCAUCGCCGAUAAUAUCCGAAGAACGUGCAAACCUACAAUUACUCUUAACUAAUAAUUCGAGUGUUGAUAGAGAAAUGUUGAUUAAUCAGUAUUCAGCAGAACUAGCUUCAAUAAUAUUAGACAAUGCUAUUCUAACAAUAUCACGUAAAGAAAAUACUGAUGAUAUCCAAACAAAUAAUCAAUCCAUCAAUACCGAUGAUAGCAGAACACCACGUUUCUCAUCUUACAAGAACGGAAAUGGAAAAUGUCUGUUGUUCCAAACUCAUACAUUUGUUCCAAACGUUCACAAGUCAAGCGGUAAAGAUGACGAAGAAGAGAUGUCUAGUAAACAUGAUACAGACACAAAUACAAUUUUAGACACAAUUGUCGAACAAAGUGAAAUGAAACCAGCUGAUUACGCGCAUCAUACGCUAAUUACCGAAGAAUAUGUUGAUAGAACACAAGGUUCAGUUGAAGAGCAAAAUCAACAAGUUAAAGAUAUCGUCGAUAAUCAUAAUCCGUCUUUGACGCGAAAAUAUCAGACUCGCUCAAGACAUUCUGUCGAUGAUUCAUGGCGUCGUCAAUACGACAGAUCAAGUUCAAGCGAAAAUGAAAGCGUACAGCUUGAUGAAUCUAAUAGUCUGCAAUAUUUAUCAAAGAGUCAACAGUUUUCUGCUCAACGAAUAUUCGUUAAACCAUGGCUAAAACGACGUAUGAGAUUAAGAGCAUACUCCUCUGUUUCUCCGGAUGUUCAUAGCACAGAUGUCAUCGAUAGUAAAGUAUCACCGACAACUGAUGACGUGCACGUUUUAGUUCAUCAACUCAAACGUACAAAAUCGCUUUAUCAUAUCAUCGAAGAAGAAACAUUUCCCAAUUUGAAUACACACUAUGCAUCGCUAUUAGCAAUUGCUAUCUAUGUCAAAUCAGUUAAAAAACCACCUUCAGUGAGAGAUGAUGUUAUGCUCGUUUUACACUCACAUUUGAAUCGAAUACAUCAAACAUUUGAAAAUAAUUUCAGAGAAAUUGAGCUUUUACCACAAACGCAUGUAUUCCAAACAAUUAAUAAUGACGGUAGUAAACGUUACAAAACGUCGUUUAUCGUUGAUGUUAAUCAUCCAUCAAAUACGAAAGCUUUUAUUAUCUCAGCAAACGAAAUUGAAUGGAAAACAGUUAAAGUUACCGUACGGCGAUUUCGAAAAAAAUUUUCUCCACCCCAAUUAGAUAUCAAACCUUAUCAUACGAAUCAAACUUCAGCUAAACUAAAAUCAACUGAAUUAAUUGAAUUUCAACCUCAUCUGAAACAUUUCGAUAACAUAUCUCAACAUCGUGUACAAAAAUACGCCGCUCAUUAUGCAGAAAAAUCGUAA